UUUGAUCAGUGUUGGCAGUCAACUCGGAUCCAUGACAAAUACAACUUACAUGUGAAAACAAAAAUGAUCCCAUUUUUCGUCCAGAAAGAAUUAGUUUUUUACGUGUAAUAUCAUACUUUUCUAGUGGAAUGUUUUAUACUCGUACCUGUACCCCUGUGCUUUAGAAGUUAGACUAGCUGAACAUGUCUCGAAAACCGCUAUCGCUCUCAUCAACGCAAUCAAAAAAUGACCCCAAGAAACAAACCAGCCUGAUGGCAUUCAUCGCCAAAAAAGAGCAACCGAAUAUCGAAAGCGAUGAAAAUUCUAUCCUAAAGAACGAAUCUGGAUAUACAGGAGGUUUAGACGACGAAGCUAAACUGCGAUCCCCUAGCAUAUUCAAACCAAAGUUCCCGAAGGCAAAACAAUCAUCCGCUAUUGAAAUAGUUUCCAGCGACUCUGAUACAUCGCCUAUCAAACCAAAAAGCAAGGCGUCUCGUAGUAUAAAAGAUGAAUAUCCCAACAAAACGAAAUCGAUGGAUGAAUUCGAUCUCAUGGUGUCAGGAUAUUGCAAAAAGGCCUCUGCCAUUUCUAUGAAUUUGGAGUUAGAUCUGGAAAGCGACAGUCAAUAUCUGAAGGCUACGAAAAAAUUGCAGGAAAACCUGGCUAAAAUCAGCCCGACAAAAAGUGCUGCAACGAGCAAAAUUGGGAAAUUUCAGUAUAAAGUUCCCAAGGCUACAUCUAUGCUGGCAGCAUUGGACGUGCCCCUGAAGGAACCGAUUAAUCUAAAUUUAACGCCCAACAUCAACACCGACGAUGAUCCUUUCGAGACUAAGUAUGAAAAACCUUCCAGUUCAACGCCAAUUCUUGUGACAAACACGCAUAAGAGAUCGACGAAAGAUACGAAAGGAGAACAGUCUAUCUUUCGAACAUCUUCACCUGCGCCCAGUGAUAUUAAUGGCCCAACAAAAACUACACUGGAUGAACAUAAUCGUUCAAACAAUCAGCACAUCUCGCCUAUUAGCAAGACAUCAAUUAAACCGAUCAGUACAAGUACCUUUAAAUCAAAUCCUGCUAAUGUGGAACGCCCUGAAAAGAAGAAACCGAAGGUCACUUUCGACCCAGAUUUAGAUGAUUACAUGGUGGAUGUGUUGAACAGUCCAUGUUUUAAAACAAAUGGGCUAUCGCAGCCAUCCCUCAAGGAGAAUUGCACCUCACUGAAAGAAAUUCAAAACUCACUGCUAGAAAAGUACUACGACAUAUUCAGCCAACUUCCCGUUGAAUUCUUCAGUUCAAUAGAUGGAUUCCGCUUGGAUGCUUACAGUAAGCUCAAGUCACUAAUAGAAAAUGUGAAAAGCAAGAUAAAAGUGAAUGAAAAGGCGUUGAAAAACGUGACAACCAGUAGCACAAUAGGCUCACGGAAAAGUUGUCUGGAAACGACCACGGCAAGCAAUGGUGUCAGCGACACCAGAUUCAAAGCAAACCAGAUAAGCAGGGAUAUCUCUAACUCGUCAUUUUUCGAUGAACCUGAGCGAGACUGUGUGGAUAGUACCCUUCCGCCUGUUCCAUCUUUAUCAACACCAUCGCAGUCUAGUGCCUUCGUGUUCAAGAAACCAAUGUUUGGAACUAUGCCUGGAACAUCCGCGACAGCGGCAGCAGAGACCAUCAAUCCAUCUCAGGAAAACGAAGAUGACGAUAUUGAAUCCAUUCUGAACAAUAUUCAAGAAGCGGAGCUCAUUGAUAGAGGACGUGCCAAUCAGACCAACUUGAGCUCAAUAGAUUUGAUCACCCCUGAAAGCUCGUUCCGUCGACCGGAACCACGUGUUACAUUCAGUGCUCAUGAAACAUCGUUACGUAACACUCAGUUCAUCGAAAACGUUGAAACGCAAAUUGAUGAUGACGGUUGGCAGGUAUACGAUGCCUCACAAUUCGAAGACAAUAACGACAUUAUCAGCAUAGCAGAUGUGUCUGAAGCUUUCCCUAGCACAUCGAAUAAUCAACGUUACAGCACGAAUAAUGAUCAAUCUCUUUACCGAAGUGUGGACGCUGUUGGUAGUAGUCAGGCAUCGAAUGCUUCCAGCAAUCUCCCAAAAUCUCAAAACUCGCUAGGAAACUUCCACUCUGGUGUACACAACGAUGGAUUGACAGGAGUUUUCGAUGGAAUGAACUAUCCUCACUCGCAAGAAAUGGCCGAACUGUUUCGCACUAAAUUUGGUCUGCAAUCUUUCCGCCCUAACCAGUUGCAGGUAAUCAAUGCCACCCUUUUGGGUAACGAUUGCUUCGUGCUGAUGCCUACAGGUGGAGGUAAAUCUUUGUGCUACCAACUGCCAGCUUUGCUCACAAAUGGGGUCACAAUAGUGGUCAGUCCACUGAAAUCACUGAUCCUCGAUCAAGUCAACAAACUUAGCUCGUUGGACAUCGAGGCUGCACAUUUAUCGGGCAAUAUAAGCUAUGCAGAGGAACAAAGAAUUUACUAUGAUCUGCAAAGUCCGAGACCAAAGAUGAAGUUGUUAUACGUUACCCCGGAAAAGAUCUCAUCUUCUGGUAGAUUCCAAAAUGUGCUUUCGGGUUUACACGCAAUGAAACAGCUGGCAAGAUUUGUGAUAGAUGAAGCGCAUUGCGUGUCGGCUUGGGGGCAUGAUUUUCGGCCGGAUUAUAAAAAGCUUUCGGUGCUAAGAGAGCAGUUCCCUUCGAUUCCCAUCAUGGCAUUAACGGCCACUGCCAAUCCUCGAGUCCGAGUUGACGUUAUUAAACAGCUUAGGUUGAAGUCGGACACCAAAUGGUUCCUAUGCAGUUUUAAUCGACCUAACCUGAAGUAUAUCGUACGUCCAAAGCAGGGCGUCGCAACUAAACAGGAAAUCAUCGAUCUGAUUAAGAAAAAGUACCCACGUGCUUCUGGUAUCGUCUAUUGCUUAGCGAAGAAGGAUUGCGAUCAGCUUGCGGCGGAGAUGAAGUCCGCUGGUAUAUCUGCUAAAAGCUAUCAUGCUGGACUAUCAGAUUCCCAGAGAGAAUCAACACAGAAAGAUUGGAUCGCAGAUAAGACCAAGGUGGUGUGUGCAACAAUAGCUUUCGGAAUGGGCAUAGACAAGCCAGACGUGCGCUACGUUAUUCAUCAUUCGAUUCCGAAGAGCAUUGAAGGAUACUACCAGGAAGCCGGUAGAGCCGGUCGAGAUGGCGACUUUUCUACUUGUAUAUUGUACUACAAUUACUCGGACAUGCUGCGGUUCAGAAAGAUGAUGGAUUUCGACAGCUCGAUUCCCUUUGAAGCGAAAAAAGUUCACGUGAACAAUUUAUUCCGCAUGGUCGACUACUGUGAGAAUGUAACGGAUUGUCGACGAUCACAACAGUUGAAUUACUUUGCCGAACAUUUUACGCGAGAGCAAUGCUUGGAAAAUCGAGCGACUGCCUGCGAUAAUUGUCUGAUGCAAGGUGAAUACAAAACUAUGGACGUUACAGAUGAUUGCAUUGCAGUAGCAAAAAGCGUACGAGAUUUGUGUUCUGGCAGAAAUCGUUUUACACUUUUGCACCUGGUAGAAAUUUUCAAAGGAAGUGAACAAAAGAAGAUUAUCGAAAACAAUCACCACAAGACCCCGUAUCAUGGACGUCUAAAAGCGUGGGACCGUAUCGAUAUUCAGAGAUUGAUGCAUAAACUGGUCAUUGAAGAUUACCUCAAAGAGGAUUUGAUUUUCAGUAACGAUAUUCCCCAAGCAUACAUCAAAAUCGGAACUAAAAUCGAGAAGCUCAUGAAUCGUGAAGUGCGUGUUAACUUCUCCGUGAAGACGAAUAAGGCUGGUAAAAAGAAUCUGCAAGUUGAUGUUGGUGUUGAACAGAAACUAGAUAGCCAGAGCGCAACACAGCUCAAGGAACUGCAGGAACGUUGUUACAAUAAUUUACUGGAUACUUGUAGAAAACUUGCAGCAGAUUUGAACGUGACGCUUGCGUCGGUAAUGAACAUGCAAGCCCUCAAGGCUAUGGCACAGCGUUUGCCGGAGACAGAAGCAGAAAUGUUGGCUUUGCCUCAUGUUACAAAGGCCAACUUUGAAAAGUAUGGCAAACAUUUACUCGAUAUCACUCAAAACUUUGCCGCUGAAAAGAUAGUCCUCAUGCUCGACGCCGCCGAAGCAGCUGCUGAUAAUGGCGAAGACGACAGCGAGGGUAGUAGCGAUGAGGACGGCACGGAUUGGGCACGACUUGCAAAUGAAGCGAGUAGUUCGGGUGCAAGCGGUGUGAAACGCAGACGAAGCUGGGGUUCCGCCAAACGUGGAGCAAAGAGGUACAGGAAAGGCAGGACGAAAUCUAGAGCACGUACAAAAACCACCAGCACACGUGGCGGAGGCGUCAGGAAAACUGUGGCGAAAUCGGCAUCGCGUGGUGGUCGAUCGGGCGGUUCAAGCUUUGGAUUGCUACCACUUCUGGGAAAUCGGUAGUACUAUGUUUUACACCCAAAGUCCACACAUGUUUUCUUUUUUAAUCAAAAUAAACAUAAAACAACAAUGUUGGCGUUUUAUUUGUACACAAGGAUGUCUAAUACCUGGUAAACCUGGAAUUCUCAUGAAAUUUCUGCUACACUCAAGAAAAUUAUUACUUACAUAGCAGAAUACGAUAGAAUAUGUCGUUUUUGUGACACAAAAUCUCCCUAAUAAAAAAAAUAUUAGGCUGCGCUAUUAAAAAGCUAGUUGACUGGCCUGUUUAGUUCUUUGGAAGUAUUUUUUUAUCUAGCAGAAACCAAGUUUUUGACAAGGAAGCAGAAAUUAUCCUUUAAUUAAUUAA